CAGGCGAGCGGGGAGGCCACGCCGCUGACCCCGCGGAUGCUGUCGCACCCCGCACGGCCGGGCCCCAAGCAGGCGGUGGACGGCGUCAUUGGCGACCUCGAGGCCGGCUUCGAGACGCCCGUGGUGAGCCCGCAGGUCCACGCCAGGGCCGACGCGGACUGGCGGGCCCGGGGCCCCGCCCACGGCGGGCACGCGGCGCGCCCGGAGCAGCGCGGCGGGCUGCCGCCGUCCUUCCGGCUGGAGGGCUUCCGCAGCGCCGACCUGAACGUGCUCUACCACGUCAGCGACGACCCCGGGCGCGUCGUCGGUGGGCGCAGGACGUAUUGGAACAACCUCGACGACGGCGACAGGUCCUUCUUCUUGUACUACCACGCCGAGACGACGGUGUGGGUGCUCAGCCCCCUCUUCUCCGAGGGCAGGGACCUCCUGGCCGAGGCGCAGCAGGGCCAGCGGACAGGCG